AUGGAUAGUAGAUUUUUUACUUUAUUGUUUUAUUACUUAUUACUUAUCACUUUUCUUCCAAUUAAUAAUCAAGAGACUAGUUUGUAUUCUAAUUUUCUUUCUUACAAUGAACAAUUAUUCUAUUAUAAUAAAGUUAUUUCAUUGAUUAAAUUAACUAGUGAGCAACGAUUUUUAAAUAGAGGAUUAAUACUGGGCCUUAAAUCUGGAAGCUUAGGCCCAAGAUAUCGUGGGAUUUUAGCUUCAAGGCAAGGAAAUGCAAAUAACCAUCCUCAUGAUGGAGUUUGCCCUGGUAACAAACAAAAGUACAACGUAAGUGCUCCAAAAGGCCCAUUUCAAAGGCCAAUAAUUCAACCUAGAAACCGACCACAAAGGAAUUGUGCGAAUUCCCCAGGUAGUUUUGUUGCUCGGAAAAAUUUGAACUUCAAUGGCUACGUAGAUCGCUCAGGUAAUUCCACUGGCCCUAGAAAUUUAGGCCCAAAGAGUUUUGUGAAUUUUUCAUGUAGCUCUACUAGUAAAAGUCAACCUAACCUAAAGGGUCGAACAGAUUACUCAGUUAGUUCCACUAGUGAUGGUAAAUUUGGUCCACAGAGUAGUGAGAAUCGGCCAAAUUACUCAAGCUCUUUAGGUAUUGUAGGACAUUGCUCAAUCUGUGCAAAGUGUAAUAGGGAAACUUGUCCGAAAUUUUCUUAUAAAUGCCAUAGGAAGUGCCAGAAGUAA